AUGAACAACUACGUUGGCGGUGGCUACUUGCUUGCGCCGCCCACUAGUGGUAUUGCGGGCUAUGCAUCGCGCAUGUACAACACGGACGAUGACCAGGAGGCGCUAGACGACUUGGUAAUUUCUGCGGAGAUCCUGCCGGCAAAUGCCAUCAUGCUGAAUGUCUUCAGCGGCAGUCGAUCUUGCAUUAGUGAUACCACCGGCUAUGCAAUGCCGGGAGACCUCGAAACGGCGCUUGUGUUGGGAUAUCGUUCCAACCAGCCAUUCAAGAUUCCCGUGCCCGCACAAUGCGAGCUGAGCUUUGCCCGGCAGGAUAUUCUCAAGCGCCACAUACAAAGUCAGCAUGAGGAGAAAGCUUCCCAGGUGUUAUGCGUGGUUUGUAACAAGCAUGUACGACCGAGGAGUCUUCCAGCACACCGGCUCGGUACAAAGCACAAGAACGCGCAACAUGUGGCCGCACAAUAUGUGGCUGCAGAAAUUCGGCACGCCACCAUCGAAUACUUGCGAGCAUUCGCUGAGCGCGCCCCAACGCCAAAUUGUCUUGACGCGAUCGCUGAUCCGGUACAGCUGAUUGCGUGGGCAUUUGUCAAAUUCAAUCCCUGGGGAACACAGAACAAUCGCUGGAUCAAUUUCGCAGAGCCUCCCAAUCCACCAAUAAAGGUUUCUAAGGAGUACACCGCGCUGAAAGCCACGGUUUACAACAAAUUACUCAAUCUUCUGGCCUCUGGGAACGCUCUCAGCGACAAGGCACUUCCCGACGCUUUGAGCAUCUUGACCGUGUUGGACGCCAUGACGGACGGCUUUGAGGCCGGAGUGAGGCACUGUCGAGCUCAGGUCCGCUUGAAGUGCUCGCAGAUCUUCAGUCCAGCAGAUGCUGAGAGAUGGGUACAAGAGGAGCCCUCGGCGGAAGCCUUCGAUACUGCCACAUCCAGAGGUAUCAGUGAGGGCUCAAGGCAAUCCAGCCGGCACGUCAUCAGAUUACUCCUGAAGCUGAUGCGCAGAGCAGCUGUGGACAUUAUAUAUAUGCCCUUUCAAGAUCAAGGCGUGUCGGUGUGGAACCGAUUCGAUUCUCUCACCCAUGCCCAGUGGGCGGGCCAUUAUGAGCCACAAUUGCGGGAAAUAGAGUCGCUCGCUCACGCGAUACCAGGCGAAUGA